ACCCAAAACCACUUACACUAGGAACCUCGAAACCCUAGCCCUAACUUCACCGUUUCCGUCACUAACUACUCUUGACGGCGGCGUUAGACCUAGCCCUCCAGUGCAAGGACCCACGAAACCCUAAACCUAACUUUACCGUUUCCGUCACGGUCAAAACUACCGAUGACCUUUAUGACGGCGGCGUUAGGCCUAGUCCUUAGGCCUUGUUUCACCGGCGGAGAGACCCUUUGAACAAACACAAACCUUCCACAUGAAGGUGGGCAACGACGACGGAGGGGGACGAUCUAACCACUCCCUGAGAACCUUCGAAACUUAGAAAAGGCUCUCACGACGACCCUCGCACGCCCAAUACAAGAAGAGAGAAGAGAGGAGACCUCGCCGGAGAAACGGCUGCGGCGCCGGAUCUCCGGCGAGCCUAGGUUUCCGGCAGAAAGUUCUUUGGAGGAGGAGAGAGAACAGAGAGUUUGGGGGAUGAGAGAGAAUAAUUUUUAGUUAACCUGUUGUUGUUGUACUUGCUUGUCAUUAACUUCAUAUAUUAAAUGUUGUACCUGAAAAUUUGAACAUCUAUAGCAACAAGGAAAGCGAUAGGAAACUAAUUUGCUGGGAAAAAUCUUAAUCCACUUAGAAUUGUGAAGGGUAGAUUAUGCAUCUUACAUAAAAAUAUAUAGAGUAGUUGAUAAUAUCAUUAAAACAAAGGUUUAUAAGCUAAGUGUAAUCUAAUUCAAUGAUAAGUACACAUGUUUUUUUUUUUUUUUUAAAAAACAAAGAAAUUUGUUUUCUUUUAAUAAUAUCGUUUAAGUUAUGAUAAAAUUAGGUGCACUUGUUAUAAAGACAACUGGUAUAAUACAAACUUAUCAAUCGAUGCAUAAUUUUAAUCAAAUAACACUUUAAUUGUCUUUCAAAACUAUACAUAAAAAAAUAGUAGUUUGAAAGUAUAUACACGACCCAAAUUCUUCUUCCUUCAUACUUCAGAACAUUCACAAAAUAUGAUACGGAGUAAAAUUAUAUAUUCGUAGUUUUUAAAUAGCAUAAAAAUUUAAAUGAAAGUAAAUGUAGUCCGUACUUUGUUUCACAAUAACUGAUGCCCAAAAUGUUGAUAUUUAUUUAUUUUUGAUGGGAGAUAUGGUUGGUAUUAUCCAUUUGUUACUCAUAAAUUUUAAAGCUUACCUCCCAAAAACACAAAAAAAAAAAAAAAAAAAAAAAAAAAAGCUUUCUCACCAAAAAAAUUGCAGUAUUUACCAGAAAAAUCCCCAGCUCUGAAUUUCGCAAUUUUUUUUAGCAACAAUGCCUCGUUUGUCCAAUUUAUACCUCUUCACUUACAAUUUUGCUCAAACUAUUGGUUGGGCAGUUGCAUUGAUACAAAUUUUAAUAGGGUUUACUUCCACUAAAUCUUUCAAUGGGGCCUUUGCUUCUUCUGGGCAAAUAAUUUGUUUAUUGCAAAAAGCUGCAUUCUUGGAAGUUAUACAUGGAGCUUUGGGUAUUGUGCCAAGUGGAGUGUUGUUGCCUCUAAUGCAGUGGGGAGGAAGAAGCCAUUAUCUUCUGGCAAUUGCUGGGAAAAUUGUUGAGUUACAAACGUCUCCCUCCAUUUUCAUAACGUUUGUUGCCUGGAGCAUCAGUGAAAUAAUUAGGUACUCGAACUAUGCAUUGAGUUGUAUAGGAGAUUGUCCAUAUUGGUCAACUUAUGUCAGGUACACUGUUUUCAUCCCUCUGUAUCCAGUGGGAGUUGCUGGUGAAAUGUGGCUCAUGUACCAAGCACUUACUUACAUAAAGGAGAAAGACCUUUACAGAGAUUUUUUCAGUGUCCUCCCUUUCAGCUAUCACACUUUUGUUCAGGUUGUUCUUCUUUGCUACCCUCUUCUUUGGAUGAAACUUUACCUGCAUUUACUGAAACAAAGACGAUCUAAGUUGCGCAAACAUCAUGAGAAAAAAAGAGAGUGAGCAUCUUAAUGCAGUCUCUGCAAUCUCGCAAUGGAUUAAUGGGUAGAAUUUAUAUUCUGUAUGUAUCUCCAGUAUUAUCGAUGCUUGAUUUAUUGAGUUUAAACCAAUAGCUCUCUUUCUCUCAGCUGUUUCAUAUAUUCUGUUCUAUGCAAUAAGUCUGAAUAUAUGUUUCUAGUUAAACUUUCUGUCAUUGUCAGCCUUCAGUUAAGAAUUAGUACCUUAGGUCCUUAGGUGCUGAUGUACAUUGCAAUAUUUUUUGACAAAAAGUUAAAAAUAGUGAUGCUCAUGCCUACCUUCAUAA